CGAUUUAUUAAUUUCGGUAAUUUUCUCAUUUCCUUUCGUUCCCCUUCCUCCUCUCUCUCGAAAAAAAACUCAACCUUCAUUCUUUCCAAGCUCAACUUCCGAACGAAACCCUAACAAUUCAGACGCACAGAGAGAGAGCAAACCAGUUGAGCAAGCGACCCAGUUGUAUAUGGCAUGCGAGUCGUUGAGUUGAAUCGGCGAAAGAGGAUCUGAGUGGUCGGCGAUAAUUGAUAUUGGGUAUUGACUUGGUCUGAUGGGUGCUGCGGGCUCCAAACUCGAGAAGGCUCUCGGCGACCAGUUCCCCGAAGGCGAGCGAUAUUUCGGCCUCGAGAAUUUCGGGAACACUUGCUAUUGUAACAGCGUUUUGCAGGCACUUUAUUUUUGUGUUCCAUUUCGUGAACAAUUGCUUGAAUAUUAUUCCAGCAACAAAAGUACUGGGGAUGCAGAAGAAAAUCUCUUGACAUGCUUAGCAGACUUGUUUACACAGAUAAGUUCCCAGAAGAAGAAAACAGGUGUCAUUGCUCCAAAGCGUUUCGUUCAGAGAUUGAAGAAACAAAAUGAGCUUUUCCGUAGCUAUAUGCACCAGGAUGCUCAUGAGUUCUUAAAUUUUUUGCUUAAUGAACUUGUUGACAUACUGGAGAAAGAAGCCCAAGCAGCAAAAAGUGAUCAAGAAACUUCACCUCCUGAAAAGAUGGUAAAUGGUCCAAAGAAUGCUCAGGCCAAUGGUUCUCAUAAAGAUCCCUUAGUUACCUGGGUGCACAAAAAUUUUCAGGGAAUACUCACCAAUGAAACGAGGUGCUUACGGUGUGAGACAGUGACUGCAAGAGAUGAAACAUUUUUUGACUUAAGCCUGGAUAUUGAACAGAACAGUUCAAUUACAAGCUGUUUGAAAAACUUCAGUUCGACAGAGACAUUGAAUGCUGAGGACAAAUUCUUUUGCGACAAGUGCUGCAGCUUGCAAGAAGCGCAGAAGAGAAUGAAGAUAAAAAAGCCACCUCACAUCUUGGUCAUCCAUUUGAAGCGAUUUAAGUACAUCGAGCAGCUUGGCCGUUACAAGAAGCUAUCUUAUCGGGUUGUAUUCCCACUUGAACUGAAGCUGAGUAACACGGUUGAAGAUGCAGAAUCCGAGUAUUCUCUGUUUGCCGUUGUUGUCCAUGUCGGAAGUGGCCCAAACCACGGACACUAUGUUAGCCUUGUGAAAAGCCAUAACCACUGGUUAUUUUUUGAUGACGAAAACGUGGAGAUGAUUGAUGAGUCUGCUGUGCAAACUUUCUUUGGAUCAGCGCAGGAGUAUUCAAGUAAUACAGAUCAUGGAUACAUCUUGUUCUACGAGAGCCUCGGCACCAGUAACAAGAGUUAAGAAGAUGGCUUUGGAUUUAAGAUGGUUGGGUAUUUCUAAUCAUUUGGACUUUUGCAUUUCUUCUGUUUUGUGUUUACUAUUUUUCUUUUUUUCUUUUUUAUUUUUCCCCCUUUUUCAACCUGUGGGAAGAGCUGUCAAAUAUCAAUGAGAUGAUGUGGGUUGUGAAAAAAAAAAAAAAAUGUAUACUUAGGUGGUUCGCAUGUACAGUGGAUGGUCGAAGCACACCAUCCUUUUUUCUUUUUCCUUUUUUUUUUUAUAACUUUUUUCACAAUAAGGAAAAGGGUAGUGUAUAUGGUGAGAAAUUUCAGACAGUCAGUAUUCUUCGCGGUUGAGAACAUUAAACA